CAAACGCUCCGUGGGCGCCCGACUCUAGGCCGCACCACAUAUCAGCGACAGUAAUAAAUAAUACAAAAAUCGAAGCGAAUAUAUAUUUUCAAUUAGUGAUGAACGCGGUUCAUGACGACACAACCGCGGUGUCGGACGGACCAGAGCUUGGGGGUUUCAGCAUCAACAGUUACGACCCACGAGCGUACCUUGACGCCUUCGAAGAGCCUCCGCCGCCCAUGAUAUCCAGCGAGGGGAUUGUUGCUCACAAUAUUACCGAGGAAUUCCGGUCUGCCGCUGCCACCUUGGAGCCCGGCGAACUCGUCAAAGAUGGCUAUUUCACUCUGUUCGAGUCCGUUGGCGCGCUGGAGAUCGGGGAUCCAAAGAUGGACAGCGGCUGCUUGGCCCCCGGCGAGUCCCUUGACGAUGACUACGAUGUGACACGGCCACUUCUUCCAGGCGAGGUCAUCGGCAUCAUAGACCAGCUGCUCUCUCUCGAGAUCGCAUGGCACCUCGGAUACCCGCUUUCCCAGACGUUAUUCACCAGUGUCUACAUCGAGCACAUGCUGCAGCCAACCCCAAUGACCGUCCAGGAUGCCGACUUCAUCAGGAACCGCCCGCCACAGUCUCAGCGGGAUCCCAUGCAUGGUGUCCUCAGAGCCUACUGUCUUGGCUUGCUGAAGUCAAGUUGCUAUGUCAAUGAGCGGAUCAAGCAGGAGCACUCCUACGAGGAAGAAGACUUUGUUACCAACACCUACAACCGGUCACUCCUGGAGAAGAUUGGCCGGUAUGAAAUACGCGACGAGAUCAUGGAGGCUCGAAAUAUUAUUCACGAGAUACGGCACACAAUAACCGACGAGAUGGCGCAUGCACUGGGCUUCCGCCUCGAGCUGAGGACCGCCUUCCUGCGUGCUAUCGAGCUAUCCGAACUGCGGAGCGAUGCAGAGUCGCUGAGUCUUCCCUGGUCCCAGAUGCAGGGCGUUUGGGAGGCCAUAAACAAGACUCGCCACCUAGGGAAACCGGUCCCCGAGGCGUUCAGCACAAAGAUACAGCGCAGGCUCGCUAGCACCAUGCCGCCGCGCCCCAUUGUACAAUUAGGCCCCGAGGAAACGCACGAGCACUUCAAGAAGCUCAUUGCGGAUGGCAUCGAUGUGCUCAAUGUUCUGAACUAUUCCGACUCUCAAAGUCUGUUGAACUUCGUCUUGACCUUCCAGGCUCAAAAGCCGCAGCCGCUGGUAUUCAUCCGGGCCCUUCUGCAGAACUUUCUCUUCCAUGACAUGGUGAUUCUCGGCCGCCUCAGCAUCCGCCAGAUCCUCGAUGACGACCUGUCCAUCGUUGUCCUACCGAGCAGUCUCCUGCUAGAUCCGGCCAACGACAACGUCGAAGCGCCUCAUCACCCCCGCUACGCGAUAGCCCACCAAAUGGAACUGUUCCGCCAGCGAGCGGCCCAGUCAUACCUCGACAUCUUCCGCGCCUUCUGCCAGAACCGUUGCCGCGUGCGCCGGACGCUGUUCCACUCGCUGCAGGACUGGGAGACGGUCCAAAUCGACGCCGAAGAGAUCGACCAGCUCCUCCAGCUCCAGACCGAGGAGAAGCCACUGGUCUACCCCCCUUCCUCGGGCGUCGUACCCAGCCACUCUCUCCCGCUCUCCUCGUGGGCGUACCACUACAAGCUCCGCCUGAUGGAGUGGACCGUCCAGCUCGGGUUCGAGCUCGAAAUCUACCAGCCCGACGAGCUGGCGGGCAUGUACUGGUACCUCAGCUACCUGAGCAGGACCCGCGCGCAGCACCUCGAGCGCAUCAAGUUCUUUUCCGCCCAUCGCCUCGAAACCACCACCGCCACCUCGCAACAAACCCGCUCCAAAGCCUACCUCCACCUCGCCACCCUCGAAGCAACCACAACCCACCACCUCGCCACGGCCCUCUCGGCCCUCUACACCGUCCUCGCCCGCUUGGACCUCAUCCCCCGGCCUCCCCGCCCCUACGGCACCGACGCGCUGCGCUACCAGGUGCGCAUGAAGCCGUUCGCGUCCAUCGGCCUGCCCGAACUGCCUUCAUUUGAGUCCUUCACGACCGCUGUACUGAAACCGAAUGUGUCUACUCCGGCGCUGCUUGAGAGUGCGGCCAAGGCGGCUGCUGCUGCGAGGGUUGGGUUGGAGGUGUUGAGUAAGAUGGGCGAGGGGGAGGCGUUUGCAACUGGGGGCAGGGGUGGUGGUGGUACUGGGUUUGAGAGGUGGGUUGGUGGGGCUAGGGCGUGGAUGAGGGCUUGUAUUGCGGUGGGUGUGGCGGUUGAGUCGGUCAAGAGGGCUCUCGUCGCAAAUGCGGAUGAGAAGGCGGGGAUGGGGGGUUUGACGAUGAGUGUCGAGGUGCCGAGGCCGGAGAAUGGGUAUCAUGAGUGGUGGAUUGUGCCGAGGGUUUCGAAGGGAAGAUUUUAGGAAGGGGGAAGCGUGUAAAGUCUUUUAGUAGAAAUCUUGUCGACCAGAAGGUCAAAAAGCUCCCC